AACUAAAAAGCAUAGGGCCUACACCUCGACUCGUAAACAUCGACGUGAAAAGUUUUUGAAAUUGUCCACUGAAAUCGUCAGAAGAAGAUGCAGACCCAGCAACAAAUUAUUAAUUAUUUAGUCAUAACUCUCUGUAUGACAUGUAAACUGACUGAAGGGCAAUGUAGAAAUCCUAAUGCAGCUUUAAGAGGCUUCUUUCACCCUGAUAAUCAAAUCUACGAAGAGAAUGCCAGUGUGAAUUAUAAGUGCGAUCCAGGGCUCAAAACUUUAACUGGGGGAUGGUGGAGCACCUUCACUUGCCGAGAGAGAGAAUGGAGCCAUACGCCUCAAUGUAUUGAUAAGACAGACUGUAUUACUCCAGAGGUCCUUCACGCUCAAAUAAAGCCCAGGUAUGUCAAAACAUCUUAUAAGAAUGGAGAUACAGUACACUUUGACUGCGACAAGGGAUAUGAACCUAACGCAGGCAACAGUGCAACAUGUCUUAAUGGAGAUUGGACACCUUUGCCCAUUUGUGAACCAGGUGAUAAAAAUGCAUGUCCUGCACCUCCUAAAAAGCACAACGCUGUAGUAUUAGGACAGGACUAUCAGCCCAGUUUUGACGAAGGGACAGUUUUGGAAUACAAAUGUAGGGAGUCACAUGAAAUGAAUGGAGCUACACAGAGCACAUGUGAAAAAGGAGGAUGGACAGAGACAGGAUCUUGUGAACUAAAGGCAGACCGCCCAGCUCCGACGAAGAGGCCCAGUGCCACUGGGGACUUCGGAUAUAGUGAUAGAGGAACUGGAACCACCAAUCCUGGAUCUCGUGGUGUUGGAGGUCAAAACUGUCCUGAUCCUCCAUUAAUUACAAAUGGAGAUGUUAUCAGUCAGUUAAACAAGGCUGCAACAUACCAGUGUGCCAAUUUCUAUAAACUUGUUGGUAGUAAAACGAUAACGUGCAGCAGGGUUGGAGAGUGGCAAACCCCCCCGACAUGUGAAGCUAAUUUUUGCAAAGUGAUGGGGAAAGUAAGUUAUCUGAUGGAACUGAAUACGGCAAAAUACAUCAAUGAAGGAGCAUCUGAAUAUUUUCAAUGCGACGGUCGUUGGUAUAGAUACUCGGCUAUUGGUACAUGUAACAAUGGGAACAUACACUUUCGAGGAUGUGGUCAAUAUGAUUGGGAUAUUCCAAGUGUGCAGUGAAUUCUCUGGAAAUGUUUAGAAGAACCAAGAGCAUCUUUCUGAUUUCCCUGGUUUUGCAGUUUUCUGUAUUAAUUUUACAGGUUUCUGUUAUUGGGUUUAAUGUCAAACCACUGGACAUUUUGUGAAAUAAAAACCUUGAAGUAAAUCAUC